GGUCUAUCAACUUGUCAUCCAGUUCGUGCUCUUGAGUUCCGGGACCAUAUCGACACCAUCUGCGUCUUCGAAAAGCCCAAAUGAGAAUCCUCUUAAAGAAAUCUGCGCAAUCUAUAGACUUGGUAGCCGAGGACAGGUACAGAGGGAGCCCUUUCCUCCCCGUACCCCCGCAUAACCGUCCGAUAUUUUCGCGUCGUCCGACUGGCGGGUCUUGCUGGCGUUGAUUUUGGAACCUUCAGGAGUCUGCUCUACGUGCCUUGUACUCGUUCGUUCUCGCGUAGUCCAGUGUGACCGAGAGUAGCGCGGAGAGGGAGCCGCUGCGCGCGCGGUAUGGAACCCGACCCUUUCUAGCCCAAUUCCGAUGCAACCUUCUCCAGGAAGUCUUCCUUGAUCUUUCAGUGCUUAUCAUUGGGAAGCUCGGAGAAGACAGAUGGCUCUAGACAGGAGAAGACACUAUCAACUUCAACAGGAACUGAAGAAUAAAGCGAUUGACAGUGAUCUGGAAGAACAAAGAUAUUGCAUGGGACUUGAACCCUAUCAGAGAUAUCACUCUCCAAGCCCGGAAGCCCGUUACCCAUAUGGCAACCUGAGCCCUGAGCCCUCUCACCGGAACUCUGGCCUGUACGCCCCCGACGAUACUCCGGAAGACCUGCGGGGCAACUACAUCUUUCCUGAACACCGGGGGGUAAGCCAGUGCCUGUGCCAAUGCCAAUGCCAGUGUCACUACCAAGGCCAAGGCAGCCACUAUCAGAGGGCCUACGACCAGGAUGACGAGGAAGAUCAGGAGCAGGGCCAGAGCAAGCGGGAGAGGGGUCGGGACCGGGGCCGGGAGGACCGAGACCUAUGCAAGAGCCAUCGACCCAGCAAGAGCCAGGUCCGGAAUCGGGAACAGGGCCAUUAUCAAAAUGGGAAAGGUAGUCACCACCACAAAUCUCACCUCGGAGGUCAUCACAGUCACCAACAAGCGGCCACUCCACGUCCCCAAGAAUACAAACACAAUUUGUGUUUUGUUCCCCAUUGCUACCUCCAUUUCUCAGGUGCACCAGUUACAGAAAAUCAUCGCCAUCCUAAACGUGGGAAGAGAUACACGAUACAGACUAGGUUGGUGCAAUCUUCUUACAUGCGCUCAUCCGCUGGUGCCUAGCCCAGUGCUCGGAAAGGCCCUUUAAGGCGAUGGAAUAUGUCCAGCAGUGGUAGUAGAAAGAAUCCGACCAGCCUCACACUGUUGUUCAUCAGGAGACAAGAACCAGCCAUAACCAACGAACCUAGCACCUAAAACUUCCCCUUAACAAAUCUUUUCCCCGACACUGAGGAUAAUGGCAUGCAGCAAUAAAACACAGAAGUUGUUCUUGGAAUGACAAAGGAGACUCUUGCUGGAUGUGCACGCGAUAGAGGGGAGCCCAGCUGGACGGGAUUUUGGAAUCCUCUCGUCCCGCAAGCAGAACCAACCAAGAUAAGCAGGCCCCCAGGAGCCUCACGUGGCAGCCCUCCAACCCCCGCCGGUGGUUAUGGUCUUAUCAUAACUUAAUCUCUUACAUA